AUGGCUGCUGCUGAGGGGGCCGCCCCAGAAUACAUCAGCGUCCCGCAUGAGGCCGCCCUGCGCUUCACCCAGCAGAUUCUCGAGGCCCAUUCCGUAUCUCCAGAAGACGCAGCAGUCGUAGCUGACAAUCUUGUCUCGGCCGACCUGCGCGGUGUGGACUCGCACGGCAUCAAUCGCCUCCCUUCGUACCUAAAACGUCUGCGUCAACAGGUUCUAGAUCCCAAGGCCAGCCCGACGUUGGAGCAGGUCACACCUGUAGUUGCACAUGUCGAUGGCCACAAUGCCUUCGGCGCCGUCGUCGCCAAGAAGGCCAUGACGGCUGCAGUAGACAUGGCAAAGACAUACGGCAUCGGCAUGGUCGCCUGCAACCACAGCAACCACUUUGGCAUGUCGGCAUGGGUAGUGCAGCAGGCCCUCGACGCAGACCUGAUGUCGCUCGUCUUCACCAACAGCUCGCCCGCCCUGCCCGCCUGGGGAGGCAGGGAGCAGCUGCUGGGCGUGAGUCCUAUUGCCUGCGGCGCGCCGGGGGAGCCCAUCCCUUUUAUACUUGACAUGGCCCCGUCGGUGGCGGCCAGAGGCAAGGUCUACAAGGCCCUGCGGAGGGGGGAGCCCAUCCCGGAGGACUGGGCGCUGGAUAAGCACGGGAACCGCACGACGGACCCGGCCGAGGCCCUGGACGGUGGGGCCAUGCUGCCCAUGGGGGGGCCCAAGGGUUCAGCACUGGCCAUCAUGAUGGACGUCUUCUCUGGCGUCCUGUCAGGCUCAGCCUAUGCUGGUCAUGUGGCGGGGCCCUAUGACCCCUCGAGGCCAGGAGACGUUGGCCAUUUCAUCGUGGCCAUGCGACCUGAUCUCUUCAUGAGUGCAGAGGAUUUCAGGGCGAGGAUGAAAUAUCUUUACGACCGCGUGGUAGGCUCGGAGAAGAUGCAGGGGGUCGACCGUAUCUAUUUCCCGGGCGAGAUUGAGAUGGCGCGAAGGGAAGAGAGGCUCAAGUCGGGCAUCCCAUAUGCAAGGGCAGAGAUCGAGGUGCUGAACCAGGAGGCAAAGGCGGCCGGUGUAGACAUAUUGGUAUGAAAGAAACAAACUGCCUGUGGUAAAAGAAAGGCAAAAGG